AUGCGUACCUUCGUUGUGGCGUCGAUCCUGUGCGUAGGCUUUGCCUCCGCCUACCCCCAGCAGGCCGUCGAUCCGGCGUAUCUGCGGCAGUACUACCAGCAGAUCGCCCAAGCCGCCGGCGCCCAGGGCACGGCCCAGGGACGGGCUGAUGGGACCCCGAUCUACGAGCAGGGUGCCCAGGAACAGCAGCACAUCCCGCAGUACCUACCACAGGGGCAACAGAUUCGGCUGAAGGAUAACGUCCACGAUCAGGUCCAGCGUUCUCAGUACCAACAGCCACAGGCCCGCCAGUACCAGCCUCAGUACCAGCCACAGCAGAUCCAGUACGUUCAGGAGCAGCAGCAGUACCAGCAGCCCCAGCCGCAGCCCCAGCUGAAGGUGUCCAAGCCUCGGCCACAGUACCUGCAGGGAGGCCAGAAGCAGCCGCUCGAGGAAGACCAGGAGGACUAUGAUCCCAAUCCUAGCUAUCAGUUCGGUUUCGACGUGAAGGACGAUGAGUUCACCAACUAUCAGAACCGCAAGGAAACGCGCGACGGUAACGUCAUCAAGGGCAGCUACUCAGUCGUCGACUCCGAUGGCUUCAUCCGCACCGUCACCUACACGGCCGACCCGAAGGAGGGCUUUAAGGCGGAGGUCAGCCGCCAGCCGACGGACAUCGUGGUCAAGGUCCCGACACCGGCCCCUCAGCCCCAGAACGGUGGCUACCGUCUUCAGCAGCAGCCCCAGCAGCAUCAGCAGCAGCAUCAGCAGCAGCAGCAGCAGAGACCCAGACCGCAGGAGUACUCCCAGUACCAGUAA